UCCAGGACCAGCGUUCUCUUCUGAGUCACGGUGCGACAAGCCAAGCUGCCUCUGUCACAAGGGGAAACUCGGGGAGAGGCAGUCGGUGGGAUCGUCCCCCUGUCAGAAAGAGUUCCUCGCCGAUCAACUACGACCUCAGCCUCAUUCUAAGAGGCCCACAGUUCCCCUCAGGCCUCCUCGUCAAGCACCUCACUCGACCAUGUCCCUAGCUGAAGCAAUCCGACUCUGGAACGAAGGUGUGAUCGCGGCGGACAAGAAGGAUUGGAAGGGAGCCCUGGAUGCCUUCACUGCCGUCCAAGAUCCCCAUUCCAGGAUCUGCUUUAAUAUUGGAUGUAUCCACCUGAUUCUGAAAAACCUGCCGGAGGCAGAGGAGGCCUUUGCCAGGAGCAUUAGUCGUGACCGGCAUUUAGCCGUGGCUUAUUUCCAACGAGGGAUGGUCUUUUACAAGACAGAGAAGGAUGACUUGGCCAUCAAAGACUUUAAGGAGGCCUUGACCCAACUGCGAGGGAACCAACUGAUCGACUAUAAGAUCUUGGGGCUGCAGUUCAAGCUCUUUGCCUGUGAGGUACUUUACAACAUCGCUCUAGUCCACGCCAAGAGGGCGGACUGGAAGGCCGCCGAGGAGACCUUGACACUUGCCGUGAGUAUGAAGACGGAGCCCAGGCACAACAAGAUCGACAAAGCCAUAGAAUCCAUCUUGAAACAGAGACUUUACGAGCCGGUGGUAAUCCCUGAGGGGAGGCUGUUCCGACCAAAUGAGAAGCAGGUGGCCCAGCUGGCCAAGAAGGACUAUCUGGGCAAGGCAACGGUCGUGGCAUCUGUGGUGGAUCAAGACAGUUUCUCAGGGUUUGCCCCUCUGCAGCCCCAGGCCACGGAACCUCCCCCCAGGCCGAAAACCCCUGAAAUCCUCAGGGCUCUGGAAGGGGAGCCUCACCGAGUCCUGUUCGAGUUUACCCCGGAGACGCCCCAAGAGCUCCAGGUCCUCCCUGGAAAUAUCGUCUUUGUCCUGAAGAAGGGAGCCGAUAACUGGGCCACAGUCAUGUUCAACGGGAAGAAAGGGAUUGUCCCCCGCAACUACUUGGAGCCACUUGAGCUCCGGAUCCAGUCUCAGCUUCAGACCCAGGAGGGAACCUCCCCAGAAUCCAACAUUCCUGCUCCACCCAGUUCCAACGCUCCAGAGAAGCCUCCAGCUCACAGCUCUCCUGCUCUUCAGGACAAGCAGCAGAAGGAGGAGCCAAAGAUGCUGACGCUGGACGUCCCCCCCGUCUACACCGUGAAGGUGCAUUACAGCUAUACCGUGGCCCUGGAGGUGCAGCCUGGACUCCGGUACCGAGAGCUUCUGGACAUGGUGUGCAAAAAACUGGAGCUGUCUCCUCUGCACACCAAGCUGAGCUACCGGCCUGCAGCGGGCAAGGAACUGGUCACCCUUAGCCAGGAAAACAUGAAGAUGGCAUGGAGUCAAGCUAAAGACUACUGUCUGACUCUGUGGUGUGACAACACGGCGGGUGAUCAAGGCGUGCCCCCUGAGCAAGACAACGUAGGAGAAAAAAGCGGGGCCGGAAACCAGGGCCCGGGGCCUCAGCAGAAGGAAGGAAACCAAGUGGUAGCGCUGUUCAGUUACCAAGCCACGCAACCAGAGGACCUGGAGUUUCUCGCGGGAGACGUGAUCCAGGUGUUAGCCAAGGUGAAUGAAGAAUGGUUGGAAGGAGAGUGCAACGGGAAAGUGGGCAUUUUCCCCAUCUCCUUUGUGGAAGAAUGCACUGCCAAAGACCCCGGAAGCCAAAGCAGAGAAGUCUAGGCAGAUUGAGGAAGUACAAAAGGUUCGGGAGGGGCCGAAGGUAUCACGGAAUUUUACUCUGACAAUAAACCGCGCCCUCGCUAAAAGUCACCGUACUGAGGAAUUACCCCUCCCCAAAUCCCUUGUAAAAGUAUCACCCUCCUCUCAAAGUCCUGAUGUCUCAUCUAACUGCAUUCACGAAGGGAUCCGAUCGCUCUGGGCCACUCUAGCGACACUUCCUUUUCCUGCUUCGCUCCCAGAUCCUGACGGGGUUAAGCGUCAAAAGACCGCAUCCAGAGGUUGGGGGGGAUGACUGCAUGGACCUGCCGGCCAUGCUGUUUAAGAGGAAACGGGGCACUCUUUACGUCAGAUUAACAGCACCUUCUAGUCCACAAAGCUCACUCGACAUAAUAAAGCAUGAUCCAAACCAAACUAUCUCGUUUAUCAUUUAACAGUACUGUCCACCUUUCAGAGAUUGUUUUACGCAAA